AUCGAACUGGAGUAUCGGAAUUAUCGGAGUAUUCGUUAUCGAAUUGAAAUGGGAAACAAGGUGGCCACGUUUACCGAAGAACAAUUGGAGGAUUAUCAGGAUUGCACCUUUUUCACGCGCAAAGAGAUCUUAAGAAUAUUUAAACGUUUCCGUGAAAUGGGAGACCCUGGGGUGGUUCCACGAUCCAUGACACCUCAGCAAGCAUCGACGAUUCGUAUACCCUUAUCAUGUUUGACUCGUAUACCAGAAUUGAAGGAGAAUCCCUUCAGGCAACGCAUGUCGGAGGUGUUCGCGAAACGUCGGAAUACAGGACAGUCGUCGACGACGGACGUUGAAGGGAUCUGCUUCGAGGAGUUCCUUGAGAUGAUGUCGGUUUUUUCGGAGCAGGCUCCGCGGGACCUGAAGGUCUUUUACGCCUUUAAGAUUUACGACUUCGACGAGGAUGGAGUAUUAGGGUUGAGCGAUUUGGAACACACCUGUCGCCAGCUGGUUCAAGAUGGUUUGAACGCCGACGAGGUGGCCACCGUGUGUCGUAAAGUCCUAGAGGAAAGCGACAUCGACGGCGACGGCGUCCUAUCGUACCUGGAGUUCGAACACGUCAUCACGAGAGCCUCGGAUUUCAUGGCUACUUUUCACAUACGGAUCUAAUCCUCUGAUCUAAUAAAAAUCAACUGGCAGUCGAUGUAAAAAAUAAGUCUACCUAUUU